AUGAAAAAAAACCAAAACCUUGUGACCAAGGUCUCUUGUUUCUACCAUGGCAUAACGCAUAACACUGGUCUCUCCCGUGGAUGUUGGCUUUCUCCGGAGCUUUCAAACGGUGUGCGCACGAAGUUCGCUUCUUUGCGCUGUCUUAUCCCUCACAUCAUGGCUCUGAACUACCAAGCAUCAACACUGUCGCUGACUUUACCCAUUUCUUGCCAAAUAUGUCUGGGGAAGGUCCGACAGCCGGUGAUAUGUGCCAACAACCACGUGUUCUGCUCGACUUGUAUGGAAAUGUGGCUGAAGAAAUCGAGCCAGUGUCCCACCUGCAGAGUGCCCAUCACAGCCGAAAACCCAUGCAGAGAAAUCAUUGGGGGCACUAAUGAGAGCGAUCACAAAGAAUGCUCUUCUACAAGGAAAUGCUUGCGAAAAACGAGAAUGGAGCUGCUUUUUAAAGAGUAUGAGGAUGAAAUUGAAAGUCUGGUUCGAGAAAAUGAGGAGCUGAAAAACAAACACGAACAUCUGGAGUCCCAACUGAGGACGGCUCUAGAUCCCAGCUCCAUCAGCACAGUGGUGGCUGAUGAUAAAAGAGUGGAUUCCUUCAUUCUCGACGAACUGACUAAAAAGCUGUGUGCUGCCACUGAUGUCUUGGAGAAAGUAAAGCAAGACAUGGACAAGCUUAAGGAGGCAAACAAAGGUUUAAGAUCUCAAAACAUUGAUCUUGUCCAAGAAAACAUGAGGUUAAAAGCUGAAGUUGCAAGCCGGUCUCCACAAAAGUUUGGGCGGUUCACGGUGGCAGCACUCGAGGCCAAAGUUCAGCAGUACGAGCGCAACAUCGACCAGCUGAGGCGGGCCCUGGAGCGCAGCGACCAGUACGUCGAGGAGCUGGAGUCCCGCAUCGAAAACUCCGACAGGAAAGGAGCCAAUUUUCUGGAAACAGUCAGACAGCGCAACAAGAGCACGCCCGAGGACUUUACCCAGCAACAGAAAAUCAACAUGAUGAUGAGGAGUUUGAGCGACAACGAGCGCCUGUCAAUCUGCAGCAACCCAGAGGUAGACGGCGAGAAAUGUUCACAGAGUCACAGCUUGAUGUUCCUGCCGUCGGGAAACCACGCCGAGCUGACGAAGCCACUGACCGGAAAGCAGAAAUGCGAGGACUUGAACGGUGCCGACUUGAUGCCCACCACCCCGUCUUCUGCCUUUCGGUCGCUGACGCUGAAAAGCCCUGGGAUCCGAGAGAAAAAGGUUGCGUUCAAACCCAGUUCUUAUCUUCGGAAGCUUGAUUUUGAGGGCUUCCCCAGUCCAAGUAAAAGCAGUACAUUUGAAAGUCAGUUCAUGUGUGUCAAUAAGUUGAAUCCAAACAGUGUGGCGGAGACGAGGCCGAUGUUCUGGGACAUCUGGAGUAAGCCCAAACCUCUGGAAGAAUCUCAUCCAGGCCCAAGUAAGCAGAGUCCUCUCAAAGGGGCAGCAUCGCACGCUCCAGCUGACAAAUCGCAGACUACAAGCGAGGCGUCCAUGGAUGCAGCUUACCUGGAUAAAAUCUCCGAGCUGGACACCAUGCUGGACGGAGAAAGCCUGAGCAGCCGCAGUUCACAGCUCUCCCAGAUGUCCUCUCCUACAACAGAUUUAGAAUCCACGUUAGUCUCAGACACACAGACAACCUCAGCGUUCUUACCAGUGCAGCGCAGAAACGACGUACCAGAGAGUGACCAGCGAGAUCAGCAACAAUGCGAAGCUAGAGACUUAAACUCGCCCGUAAACGAGAAUCUACCCAUGGCAAAUCGGGAAAGUGGCGUUGGUGUUCAGGAAGGGCCCUCCCAGACUGACGAACUGUCCUUUGAGCUCUUGUUUGACCCCCUGGAUGAAAACGACAACGGCGGUGGCGCAUCUCAACAGGAGCAAAACAAAGCCCGAUCGUCGUCCUUCUGCUGCGAAAAACCUGAAAACCCAAGAGCCGGAAGCUCAAUGAAUAUGACACAAGCCACAAAGAGGAAGUCCUACAGCCCCUUCAGCAAUAGCAGCCCCACCAAACUGUCCAAGCUCAUGUGA